AUGGUUGCUGCUGUUGCUGUUACUGAAGACGCAGCAGCAGCAGCAGCAGCACGUGCCCCGCUGGACACUGCAGCAGCAGCAGCAGCUGCAGCAGCAGCAGCAGCAGCAGACGUGCAGCAGCUAGUAGAACAAGCUCUCGACUCUGUUCUCCCCAUCACCCGUCUCCCCUGCAUCUAUGCUCUGCCGCUGCAGCUGCGGCAGCAGCACCUGAAGGAGCUGCGCUGCAUCGUUCUUGCUGCUUUGCUGCUGCAGCAACGCCGAGCAGCAGCAGCAGCAGCAGCAGCAGCAGCAGCGGCAGCAGCAGCAGCAGAAAAGGCCCAGGGGGCCACAGCAACAAAAACAAUAACACCAGAAACUGCUGCAACAGCAACAGCUGCUGCAGCAGCAACUGCUGCAGCAACAACUGCUGCAGCAGCAACAGCAGCGCCAAGGUCAACAGCAGCAAGAUCCGCAGCAGCAGCGAGAGCAGAAGCAGCAGCAAAGGCAGCAGCAGCAGCAGCAGCAGCAGCAAAGAAGUUUGAUUGGCUUGUACCACCCCAGAAGCUUGCUGCUGCUGUUGCUGCUGAGCAGCAGCAGCUGCUGCUGCAGCAGGCUGUUGCGGGGCAGGACGCGCUGCAGCGAAUCCGAGUUGAUGAGAAUCUUGCUGCUGCUAUCGCAGCAGAGAGUGUCUUUCAGGUGCAGCAGAUUCGCUUUGUGCAGGCGCUGCUGGUGCAGCAGCAGCAGCGGCACGAAGCAGCAGCAGCAGCAGCAGACGCAUGCAUUGAGGAGCUUGCUGCUGUAGAGAGCUGCCUGCAGCAGCACAAGGGGGAGGCCCCCCCAGAUGAGCAGCAUGCAGCAGCACUCAGCUCACCAGACACCACAAAGCUCGAUGCUGCUGCUCUCCGGCUGCGGAGGAGAACCAAGCCGCAGCCGCAAGACGAGCCUCUCCGCAGCAGCAGCAGCAGCAGCAGCAGCAGCAGCAGCGGGAUACGUAUACUCACUGCAGCAGAACUCGAUCAGCAGCAGCCAGCUGAACUUGGGGGCUAUUGCUUACAGACGCUGCUGCAGUACGGGGCACUUGUAUCAGGAGACACGCAUGCAGGGGCGAUUGAACUGAACGGAGAGAUUUAUCUCUUUAGCAGCCCGCGGCGGAUCCGCGAGUUCUUAGAGCAGCAGCAGCAGCUGCAGCAGCAGCAGCCACAGCAGCAGCCAGCGGUGCUGCUGCAGCAGCAGCUUGCUGCUGCUGUCCAGAGGAACCCAGCACUCAUAUUUGCCCUAGGACUUGAGAAGCGAUUCCCUGAGUAUACACAUGCUGCUGCUGCUGCUGCUGCUGCUCUUCUUGCUGCUGCUGCUGCUGCUCUUCUUGCUGCUGCUGCUGGUGCUGGUGCUGCUGCUGCUCACGCUGCUGUUAUUUCUGCUGCCAGUUCUAUCACUGGUGUUGUUGCUGCUGCCUUCGUUGGCGCUUGCGCUGUUGUUGCUGCUGCUGUUGUUUUUGUUGUUGUUGUUGCUGCUGUUGUUUGUGUUGUUGUUGCUGCUGCUGCUGCUGCUGCUGCUGCUGGGUUUCUGCUGCUGUAG